CCCAAUCCAAGCAUCCCUGGAAUGCUGGGGACCCUCGGGAAGGGGAGCGGGACCAGGAGCCCGGAGCAUCCCGCUGUGUCCCCACCCUCGGGGCGGCUCCACCGCGGGGAGCGGGGCUUUGGGGACCGGAAAGUCCGGCCCAGUCACUCGGGAGGCGGGGGGAGAACCCCCAAAAGCGCGUCCGUUCCGGUAAGCAAAGAGUCAAUGGCUGCGGCUCGCCCCGCUCCGGCUCGCACACGCCACUUCCCCGAGCGGGGCUGACUCAUCCCGGGCUCGGUCCCGCUCCGCGACACCCGCGCUGCUCCGGCCGCCCCGAGCCCGGCCCGAGCCUCCUCCGGACCCCUCCUAAACCCAAAGCCAGCGACUCUCCCCCCAUGGAGAACAACCAAGAGCCGCAAGGAGACCCCCAAGAACCCCCGAGCACCGCCCACCCCGCCGACGCGCCAGGGGCCGGGGAUGGCGCUGAGAGGGACGAGGCGGUGGGAGAAGGUGGGGACAAGGACAAGGAGGACAAGGUCAAGGACAAGGAGGACAACGACAAGGAGGACAACGACAAGGAGGAGGAGGAGGCUUUCCUCGUCAGCCUCUACAAGUUCAUGAAGGAGCGGCGCACGCCCAUCGAGAGGAUCCCGCACCUCGGCUUCAAACAGAUUAACCUCUGGAAGAUCUACAAGGCUGUGGAAAAGCUGGGAGCCUACGAGUUGGUGACGGGCCGCCGGCUCUGGAAGAACGUGUACGACGAGCUCGGGGGCAGCCCCGGCAGCACCAGCGCGGCCACCUGCACCCGGCGCCACUACGAGAGGCUCGUCCUUCCCUACGUGCGGCACCUCAAGGGCGAGGAGGACAAGCCGCUGCCCCCCAGCAAACCCCGCAGGCAGUACAAGGUGUCCAAGGACGACAAGAGCAAGAGGGCCAGGAAGGAGAAGGGCCGAGAGCAGCUGGCUCCGGACAAGGGGCAGCCGGAGGCGGGCGUGGAAGAUGCACCAGAACGGGGCCGGGGGACAGACGGACGCUCCAGCCCGGCCAACCCAGCCCCCAGCCCCUCGGGGGAGUGUCCCAGCCCCUGCAGGACCCACAGCGAGACCUACAAGCGCCUCUUCUCCAGCUUCUACUCCAAAGGGAACCAUCCCAUCAUGUCCCCGCUGGCCAAGAAGAAGCUGCUGGCGCAGGUGAGCAAGGCCGAGUCCUUGCACUGCCACAAACGCCACUGCCCCGAGGGCCGGCGGGCACCGAGCAACAGCGGCCCCGAGCCGGCCCGGCCGGGCAGCAGCCUUGGCCUGGCUGAGCAGAGGAGCCCGGAGCCGUCGGGAGCUCCGGACAGAGCUCCGAGCGAGGCGAACGAGGCAUCCCCGGGAGGGAGAGACAGCCAGGGCUGCCCGCGGGCCGAGGACGGGGGCCCGGCCCCCGCCGUGUUCACCGGUUACUUCCACGCCUACCGCAGCGAGGGGCUGCAGCCCGGCGGCUGCCCCCCGCUCUGGGGGUACUUCUCCAACCUGAAGGAUUUUUUGGAGCCGCCCUCCGCCUUGCCGGCUCGGCCCGGGGAGCCCGAGCAGCCCCCGGAGCUGCGGAGCAAAGCGGGGCGGCCGUGGGAGAGCCGAGCCCCCGCUGUCCGGGCCUGCUGGGUGCCCCCCGGGGCCACCUUCGGCCCCGCCGGGCACGGGCGCGACGAGGAGGAUGAGGAUGAUGAGGAGGACGAGGAGCCCUUCGGCCCCGCCGCCAAGCCACGCGCCGUGUCCCCCUUGGCCAAGGAGGGCAGGGACGCGGGGACGCGCUCGCCGGGAGGUCACCAAGUGCUGGCCAAACCCAAGGCCGUGGUGGCCACCGCGGGUUUCGCAGCUCCGCCGCCGCCGGACGCUUUCCAGGGAGCCGCGCUGCACUUCCCGGGCGGCUUCGGGAGCCCCCAGGAGCAGCUGAAAACGCGGGGCGUGCCGGUGACCCCGGCGCUCCCCGUGAACCCGCUGGUGAUCCCGGCUUUCCCCAGCCCUUUGGUGGUGGGCUCGGAGCUGUGCCGGCCGCUGGCCACCGGCCGCUUCCCCACGUCCUUCGGGGGGGAUUCAGCGCGGCCGCGGCUCUACCCGGCGGCUCCGUGGCACGGGCAGCGCUCCUGCGGCUCCCCGCACGUCCCGCACCACGCCCGGCCCUAGCGCUGCCAUCCCGCGGGUGACAGCGAGGGGACAAUCCGGACUGCGCCCUUUUUAUUCCCCUGGUCGUGGCUGCGCUGCUGGCGCCUCAUGGUUCUCUAUAUUUUCUAUAUAUCCACGCAUAAAUCUAUAAAAAAAGGGAGCAAAAGCAGUGCUGGAGGUUUCUGUUCAUGCUGGGGGAUGGUUGUUCCCAGCUUGCCGUGCCCUGAGACCCUGCACCCAAAUUUGGGGUUUGGUCACCUCCAUGCCAAGCUCCAGAGGAAAGGGGAAUAAACAUCCCUGGCUUGUCCCCCCCUGGCAGUUUGGGGUGUCCUUGAUUUCUGGGACCAGGGCAGGGUUUGAGGGGAUCCUCUCCCUGAACUCAUCCUGUGGGAAAGGAAGAGAUUUUCCACCUCAGCUUUGGGGGAAUUGCAGCAAUUCUGUGUCCAGGUGGGAACCAGCCCAGCAGCAGCUCCAGGUCCUUUCUGCCUCCAGGUGCUUUCUGCCUCCAGGUCCUUUUUGCCUCUGAGGUGCUC